CCAGCCAAUGAUUCACUUCUUUGAAUCAGGUACCAAAGCAGUGACGUAAGUUCACCACUUUCGAAGCUUCGGACGUCACUGAUCACGUGACUUUUACCAAACGAAUCAAGCUCCGACACAGUGCUUCUGAAACAGUGUGUUGUUUUUUUUAAUACAUGCGCCGAAGCUUCAGCUUCAAACUGCCCAUCACUAAUGGCUGGCUAUUUUUGCUGCUGCCCAGUUGUACUGGGAAGUGGGAAUUUUCCACUCACAAAUCAUAAUUUUAAAGUCUGAAAGUGGAAAAGUUCAGAAUUCAAGAUGGCAGCUACUCACCACAACUCAUCACCGUGACCUCCACGUCCUCCCCCCCGCCCCCCAACUUUGGCUGGAGGUCAAUUAGUCACCGCGCAGGAGCUGCGCCGGGCGUCCCUUGUGAAUCUCCCCCCGACAACCACGGGCCAGAAAAAAAUGAGUCAAUUACCACGAUGGUGCCAGGUGAUGGAUUUCUUGCUCACGAGUGGAGUGCAGGAACGUUUCACCCAACUGGAAAGAGUGCUCAAGUCUGCAAAACACCAGGAAAUGGCAAGUGAGGAAAUUAACAGAGUUGACCUGACCGUGGAGACAAACCUGAGGAAAACCGUCCAAUAAGUUCAAGAUGAGCAGACAAGACGAGCCUUCAGUUAACCCGGUGCUCGAAGAACUCCGCUUGGAGGACAGCCUCACCGACGCCGUGCUCAAAGUGGAUGACGUGGAGUUUCCAGUCCACAAGGUUGUCCUGUGUAUGCACACAGAAUACUUUCGAGCUUUCUUCACACGGUGGUCCAAACCAGAGCAAACGGUUUUCCCCAUAUCAGGGUUGUCUCCAGACACCAUGCGGCGGAUCCUGGAUUUCAUGUACACCGGCUCCAUGUCCAUCACGGAGACCAACGCACACGAAACCAUGAUAGCAGCUGAUCGGUUUAACAUGAUGGGAGUGAUGCAGGCCUGCUACGAGUUCUUCAUAGGGCUGCUGAACCCAAACAACUGCGUUGGCAUCUGGAAGUUCACCAAUGUCGUUUGUCACCCCGAGCUGCGCUGCAAGGCCUUUUGCUGCAUCCUGGAGCAAUUCAAGGAGGUGGUUAACUGCGACGAAUUCUCGCUACUCACUGAGGAGGAACUGGCUAACAUCAUCGAGAGAGAUGAUCUCAAUGUCCAAAAAGAGAGCGUCAUUUUUGAGGCUGUUCUUAAAUGGAUUGCUGACAAACCUGAAGACCGAGAGAGGCACUUCUCUGCUCUCUUCACCAAGAUCCGACUGACUCGGAUGGAUGUGGAGUACAUCAGGACCACAGUGAUCUCCAACAACCUUGUCCUGAGAAGUAAAAAGUGCAAAUCCAUCGUCAACACCAUCAUUGCUAAAAACAUUCAUCGACCUGUCUCAUUGAGGAGACGCAUAGCCUACACCUCUGUUCCCAUGGACCGCCCCCGCAUGCCUAGUGCCAUCCUCCUGGCCAUCGGAGGCUGGAGCGGUAACAAUCCAACCAACGCCAUCGAAGCGUACGACAUCCGCGCUGACAACUGGAUCAACGUGACAGACGAUUUCGAGCAACCCCGCGCCUAUCAUGGAACCGCUUUCCUCAAUGGCUAUGUCUACUGCGUCGGCGGCUUCGACAGGCUGGAGCACUUCAACAACGUCCGCAGAUUUGACCCCGUCACACGCACCUGGCUGGAGGUGUCACCCAUGUACUUUCGCCGCUGCUAUGUGAGCGUCACUGUGCUGAACGGGCGGAUCUACGCAAUGGGAGGCUUCGACGGACAAACACGACUCAACACUGCGGAAUGCUAUUCCCCCGAGACCAACCAGUGGAGCCUCAUUGAACCGAUGAAUGAGCAAAGGAGUGAUGCAAGCUGCACGACCUUUCAGGACAGGAUUUACAUCUGUGGUGGAUUCAAUGGUCUGAUGUGCCUGCAAACAGCUGAGUUUUACACACCAGAGAGCAACCAAUGGACAGCGAUUGCCCCCAUGAACGUUACGCGCAGUGGAUUAGGAGUUAUUGCAUGUGAAGGCCACAUUUAUGCAAUUGGUGGUUUUGAUGGCCACUUCCGUCAGGACACUGCUGAGGCCUACAAUCCUCGGACUAACGUCUGGAUGAAUGUGGCCUCCAUGAACACCCCCCGCAGCAACUUCGGCAUUGAGGUGGUUGAAGGCUGCAUCUUUGUUGUGGGGGGCUUCAACGGUGUCUCCACCACCUUCAAUGUGGAGUUCUAUGAUGCUGCAACCAACACAUGGACAAACGCUCAGGACAUGGAGAUCUUCCGGAGCGCCGUUAGCUGCUGCACGAUAUCCAGACUCCCCAACUUGAUGGAAUACUCUGCAGCUCAUCAGCCCCAGGUGGAAGAACUGGAAGAGUACAUGGAGUCAGACAGUUCCCACUGAAAACUCAUGAGCCACCACCUAACACAUGGUUGACUUAAACA